GGAUUAAGCUUAAGGUUGCGAUAGGCACCAGCUGAUAAAGUUGCAUCCAGUUUUGAAACUUUCAUUGCACAAACAGAAUAUCCAGUGCAAAGCAGACGUAAUAUCCGUUAAAUUUAAAACAGCCAGGAAUACAAUGCUCUCUUCUCUUUUUUAAUUUUAAUUGUAUUUCUCCUGGAUGGUUGCUCCUUGACUUGUAAAUGCCCCGAUUCUUUCGGAGGAGACGCCGGAAUAUAGUGGAAUUGACGCCAUGUUUGUUUUGAUUCAUGGACGAAGGCGCUGGCUGGGAGGGAAUUCGAAGGCGAAACUCUACUCAGUAUCAACAGUUUCGAGUUGUGCAUUUGUACCUGAGGAAGAAAGUGAAGACAGUGUUUAUCACCAGGGAGAACAUUAUUUAAACCCUACUCUUGCUGUUAUUGGUGCUCCAGAUCGGGAUAAUGAGAGAGAACUUGUAAAAUUGACGUCCUAACUCAAAUUGAAUUGAGUGCUGAAAGCAAGUGGUCUAAAUCACCUGACGGAGGCAGCAUCAAGAGGGCAAAAUGGACGUAAUUGGAGUGUCACGCUCAGGGAGGGUAAGGAAGAAACCAACAACGUUAAAAGACUUUGAGUCUCCAUAUGAUGUCAGACUGAAGCGUACAGCAGGCAGUCCCCCAAAUUUCCUCGAAAGGGAAAAGAACCCGAGCAAUCUCACAAAUAACGUUGAUGAAUCAAAUGGGAGUAUUGAAUAUGAUAUAUACAAUGUGAUAUAUGAACCGUUAAAAGUUGGUCACUGGAAAGAUGUCGACAGUGGAGAUGAGGAUACUAUAGAUGCUCAGGAAAUGCCCGAUGCUGAUAAAAUUGAUCCACUGCUGCUUGAAAAUGCCAAUUCAGAUGCACCUAUGGAAAAUUCAGAUAAUAACCCGGAAAGUGAGGUGCAAGCUGGAUCUCUUGAUACUAUUGUAGAUGAUUUAAUCGAAGUUAAGGAAGAACCUUUGGAAAUCGAUUUUUUGAGAGAUUAUAAGACGGGUGAGGAGGAUAUUGCUGAUGAAGAUGAUGAGGGUUUAGAGGAUGACCCUUUGCGUUUAGAUAAUGAUGCAGAAUUCAUACCAAUGGACACAUCAGAUUACAGCCAGAUUGAGUCAAUGAACCUACUAGUGAAUACAGGAAUGAAUGACACAAUGACAAAAGAUGGCCCAGUUAUACAUAAGAGUAAGCUGAAGGAUACAGAGAAAACAAUAUGGACAGGCUAUAGAUUGUGGGCCAAAGAAGCCAGAUCAGACAUUUUAAAGACCAGCCCAAAUAUGGUUUAUUACCUAAUACACAUUAUAUAUAAGCUUAUUUUUGUUUCAAACAGGAAUGGGAAUCCUAUAUCUACUGCAGUCAGAAGAACAGUACCCUCUCUAAGCUUUGUAGAUCAAGGAUUCAACAACAUUAUUAUUACGAGUGAAAAGGAGAAAACUGUCUUGAGGACGAAUGCAGGAAACAAGGAGGAGGCAUUAUUGUGGAAGGAUAUCUAUUGCCAGAGACACAACUACCAUUUUACCUGCAAGAAAAGUUAUACAGCAGCUAGAAUUAUUUUCUAUGGAGUGUAUCAGUGUUUUUAUGGAGAUAGACAGCAUGAGGACAGCCAGAAAACAUUAAAAAAGUGCCCUGUGAUGAUGUACGUGAAGAUCAAAGUACCCGCAAAAGACACCAUUGGAAAUGAUCCAUAUAUGAGGACUCACCCUUGCUUCAUCACAAUUAAGGGUGAUCACAACCACCACACUGUGUUUGAUGAACUUAGAGUUAUCAAAGCAGCUAAAGAAGAGUUUUUCAAGUACUUUGACUUAGGCAUGACAGCUGCUCAAGUUUCUAGAUUUCAUGAGGACAAGACAAAUCUACGUCUUGCAGACAUCGGAUAUGGUGCUGCAAAUCCAAGUAGUAGAGCAAUAUCUUCUGUAUACAAUCUGUGGUUAAAAGAAAGGUGUGAUAGAAUUGAUGACAUGAGCAUGUAUUCUGUAAUUAGAAAAUAUGCAAAGGAAAACCCAUCUUCAACAAUUGAACUUGAGGUCAGUGAAAAUGGAUUCACAGCUGUUUUGAUAACAGAUUUCAUGCGCCGAGUGCAUAAAGAGUUCAAGGAAGCAGGUGAUGUGGUGUUUGUAGACACAACCUGCCAUGUAAAUGAAGUGAACACUGCAGUGACAUGCCUUCUUUGUGCUGGACCUGCUGGUGCUGCUCCCUUAGGUGUAAUUUUUACAUCCUCCCAAGAAGAAGGAAGUUAUACAGCAGGAUUUAACAUGCUAAAGAAGCUGGUAGGCAAGGCUGCUUUUUAUUGGCAAGAAUAUCCACAUUGCUUCCGAACCAACAGAAGCAAGUCAGAACAAAAAGCACUAAAGGCUGUUUGGCCAGAAUCUCAGGUUUCCAUUAGCAACUACCAUGUGCUGCAGCAGGUUUGGCAGCGCCUCUGUAGUAAGUCCUAUAAAGUCAAGAAGGAGCAUCGUCCCCUGCUAAUGAAUAUUGCACAACAAAUGGUAUGCGCAGAUUCUCCUGAUAAGUUUAAAUACUUCUGGGAAUCCUUUUCUCAGAGUAAACAGUUCCAGCAGUAUGUCAAAUACAAAAGUUAUCUCACAAAUCUGGUAAAGAGGAAACAUGAAUGGAGCAUAGCCUAUGGGAAGCGAAUAUUACUACUUGACCAACAUACAAACAACAUUGCUGAGUCCACUAUGUGCAUCAUUAAAGAUAUUAUCCACAACAGAUGCAUAUCAUACACAACAACACAUCUGAUUAUCUUUAUGAAUGAAAUUUAUGAUGGUUACAUGAGGCAGUGUCUCUUUGAUGUGGCUCUUUCCCAAAUGAGAACCAACCCAAUAAUCAGAUCUAGUGGGGUUGGUAACUGUACAGAAGCUGAUAGAUGCAAGUUUACUGUGAAGAAUGUUUGCAAUAAAGAUGUUCAGUAUAAUGUAGACCUGACCAGUGGUACUUGUAACUGUGCAAAAGGACAGACUGGAGAUGCAUGCAAGCAUCUGAUUAAUUGUUGUGAAGCUUAUCUGCAGCAGCUACCACAGGACUUCAGAAGUACUACAGAAAAUCGACAGUGGCUUGCUAGUGUUGCAGUUGGCAAGAGACAAAUGUCUUCACUGAAGGAUUUUGCUGACAUGAAGAAAGUUGUUCCUAAUGGUUCUGUCAUUGCUACUUGGUGUGAAGGGUUUGAGGGAUUUCCAGAGGAUACAGCAAAUCCAAAAUCAAAACAGAUUUCACCCAAUAGCAAAAAUAAUUUUAGCAAAGCAUUAGAAGGUAUUAAAGACUUGCAAGAUGUCCUGUUCCAGGUAAUCAAUCAGUAUGGAGAUGAAGACACUUCAGAGGCAGUGGAUGCAAUGAAAAGAAGAUUAGAAUCAAUCAGAUCAACCACUCAGCUUAAUAAGUUCCUCUCUCAAAAUGACACAUCUAAGGGGGCUGGAUAAGAACGAAUGCAAAUGCUGCAUUACAGACAGGCAUGGCAAUAGGAAAUGCAUUUAUUCAGAAAGUAGAAUGGAUAUCUACUUUUGAAACUAAUUAAAGAUAUUACAGUAGCAACAAUGUUCCUAAAUCAUUCUGCAGAUACUUAGUACAAGAAAAGCAGAGCUGCUCUAAACAGGCACUGAAUGGAAGUACAGCUGUGAUACUUGUUUAUUAUUAGAACUCAUGAUAAGGAAUUUUGAUUAUUCAAUUAUAACUUGAUAAAGUAUAUGAGAGGAUAAAUGUGUGUGUGUGUGUGUGUCUCUCUCUCUCUCUCUCUCUCUCUCUCUCUCUCUCUCUCUCUCUCUCUCUCUCUCUUCUCUCUCUCUCUCUCUCUCUCUCUCUCUCUCUCUCUCUCUCUCUCUCUCUCUCUCUCUCUCUCUCUCUCUCUCUCUGUUUCUGUUUCUGUUUCUGUUUCUGUUUCUGUUUUAUUUACAUGCCUGUAAAAUACAUCCUAGCAAUUGUUUAUACUUAUUUGUUAAAUAAAUCAGACAAAAAGUAUGAUUUGCAGCUAUAUUAAUGUCAUUAUUGAUAAUAACCCUUUUAUACUUGUUAAAAGGUUCAGAGUGACUUUGAUGUCACAUAUGUACAUUUAUUUUUCAAGAGUCUGAUUAUAAAACUUGAACGUUUUGAGCAGUUUUUGUUUACCAGACAUUUGUGACUUGUAAGACCAAUUGUUUGCAUUUGCUGUCUACAAGUUGAUAAAAAAUGAAUUAGUAAAAAAAAAAAAUGAUGCAUACUGUAUAAUGCCAAGGUUCCAAUGUAAAGUUGAAAUAAACAGAUGGUCAGUGGAGAAAGUUAAUAAAUAUACCCAUUAUUACAUAAAUACAGUCUGAAUAAACAGACAUUGGUUAUGUGAACUAUCAAUUAUUAAUCAUAUCUGCAGUUGUAAUAAGAAUGCUGAACAUGAAA